AUGAUCCUUCAGGCCCUCCUCUUGAUGCAGUUCGCGAGUCUGCCCGGCUUGUGCAGAGUGACCGUCAUCUUCAUCAUUGAUACCAUGCGUGUUAUUUUAUGUCUCAACAAAACCAAACACCGCCAUCACAGCAUUGAGGAGAGGGACACACCGCCAGACGAACAGAAGAAGACCCUUGCGAAUCUGUUUCGGAGCGACGGCGUUGCAGCUCAGCUCGUCGGCCAUUUGCAUUACCAAGACGUCAUCAACGCGUCUGGUCAGAGCUGUAUGGUGUCCAAGAACAAUGCAGAGGUCCCCAGAACAACAAAGCACGUGGCAGACUGCUAUGCCAUCUGCACCGGUUGCUACCUAUUGCGCGGAGCUGGACAGCCCGCACCGCUGCUGGCGACUCUCUACCCUGAGAACCUCGCCCUGCAACGGCCGAGCUGUCCUGAUUCUGCAAUCGCCUUGCUACGGAGACCGGGGAAAAUCCCACUGUGUUUGCACUGCGCUGCUCUUGAUGAUGACCAGAUGACCGCCAUCAGGGAGGAGAGAGAAACCAAAUCACUGCGGAUGGGAACCGCGUUAAGAAGGAGGAUAUACUGCGCGAAGUGCGCCAAAGCCCUCCCUGGAGACCGCAAGAGGUGGUGGUUGUAUGACUGCGGGCCUGCAGGGCUAAAACACAGCCACGAGUGCCAUUGGAUCGGCCAUUCCAUCAAGAACACCACAACCUCCGCAUGUGUAACGUCCUCCGAAUCCAGCUCCAGCCAUGUGACCAACUCCGCCUCGAUCCCGCGCGAAAGGAUCGGCCCUGCCAAUCUUCACCUCAGAGAUGAGCUGCUGAAAAUGUACUGGGACGGCGUACGCAGGGAGAUACCGCCCAUCCUGCUCACUCUGAAAAAGUGGCAACGGCAAUACGCUCAUGUCACUCUGCCAGUCGAAAAGGAUCGGCACGUACACGGUUACGACACCUUUCUCGAUGCUGUCAGCCAUACCUCUCGCCGGUUUACUCACCGCUAUGAUUCUGCACACAGACAAUCGGAAGAGGGACAGGGAGGGAAAGACAACCCGCCGUCGUACAAGGAGGCGCUGGCGGAUAGGGGUUGGGAUAUCUUUGCAGAGUUGAAAAGCGCAAACAUGAGGGGCGAGAUCCGCGCCGCUCUUGCCUCUGAAGAUACCUCUGAGGACACUCCAAGGAUAAGGGCAAGGAUGCUGCUGCAGAGUGCCCAGUUCCUCGACAUCGACAAGGUCAUCGAGUAUCGGCCCCCAGAGAAGCUCUUUACCUUUUGGAAGCGCCCACCCACCCCUCAACUGAGCGCCCAAUCGUACGACGAGACCAACAUGCCCGUGUUUGCCUACCUGACCUGCUUUGACUGCCGCGCCAUCAUUCGUGGGUCUAUGUUCCGCAGCCUCCAAGACGCAGAGAUCACGGUGUGCGAGCAAUGCUACAGAGACAAACACUAUGGGCAGGCCUCGUUCACAAAGCUGCACAAGCAGUCGUGUCUCGAAGCUGCCGUCCCGCCAAAAGUGGCAAGUUCCAUUUGCCAAUGUGUUGGCGUGAAAAAGCGUGACAACACCGGAAAGACAAGGGCCCUAUUUCCCAUUGAUGAGGCACAAGGCGGCGGCAAGCACCUCAACGAAGAAGGCAAGAUAGGCAGACCGCGUUGCGGCCUAUUCGAGCUGACGGAGAUGGUGGCCGAGGCCAAGUAUGCCGCCACCAGGCUAAAGGCAGACACGAGCCGAACGCUUAGUGAUGAACGACGCGAGAGGGACGUCGAACGUCAAAAGAGAGAGGAGAAAAUGGCAGCAGAGAGGGCUCGCUUCCAGUGGGGGGUUCCUAAUAAACCGGCCAAGGUCAGAAACCCAAAUGCGCUUCAGUUGGAGGCGACGCUUGGGGAGUUUGGGACCAGCUACGGGUUCACGACCAGCAACCACGAGGACAUACCGUUCUAUCUCAGGAGCAUGGCCGACAACAUACCCUGGGGGAAUACACAUCUGGCGUUACGGUUUGGGCCGUUGGUUAUUGAGAAUGGAGUUGCGCACACCAUGAGAGGUGCUCUGAUUACGAGCCGUGACCCGCAGAGUCUGCAACCUUUCCAUGUCCCACCCUGCAACAUCCAGCAUAGUCUGAUCGUAUCCGGCCAGAAUGAGCGGCUCCUAUAUUCUCACAACCGGCCGCGCACCGUCAAGAGAUACAAGGCCAUGAUGAAGCAGGUUGUUGGGGGGGCAUUUUGCAACUUUUUUGACCCUGCCAGUGAAGACGAGCUCAUUGAUAUGUUCAUCGCCGAAAGUGAGCGGGUAGAGAAUGAGGGCCUUUCUGUCACUGACAAAGGCAAGUUGAUGGACGGCGCCGUCGAAAGGCUCAUGCCCAGCUUAAAGAAGUACCUCGUCCUAAAGGUGGAAAAUGUGAUCGACAGUCUGGUCUCUCGAUUACUGGAAGUCGAUCUCAAGUGGCACCCGGAGAACAACAAUUGCCAAAACUUCUGCGACGGCCUGAUCGACAGGACUUUGUUCGGCCCACUAGUGUCCCCUGACAAGAAAUACCUGAUGUCGUUCGUCUGCCGGCCGGGCGCCUACAUUAAGGAGAAAACACGAUCCAAGUACGACGUGCCCAACGGACUGACAGAAGAAUACCUACUCAAGUUCCACUACGGCCGACACGACGAGUCCGACAUCAUCGACACUCUGACCGAGUACUGGUACGACUGGGGUGCCUUCGGCGGGCCCUUGUACCCCUACCAAGACAUCUUCCCCUGGGACUGCACCGAAGCCUACCAGCGAUACCCCGGCGUUUGCGGCGAGUGCAACAUCUCCAAGCACGUCUGGGCCUUCCCCUUCGACUCCUGGUCCAUCAUCUCCCUACACCUCUCCCGCAGCCGGUACCUCUACCCACGGGACAGCCACCCCGACGCCCAAAGCCCCUCCCUCCUCUCAAGUAACCACCCCAACGCUCCACCGCCCCCCACCGCCGGCACCAUGAGCGACCACUCCUGGUUCCGCAACCGGCUGACCCUCCUCACCGCACAAGACGCGCUCCUCCGCGCCGCCAAAGCCAUGGCCCUCUCCCCGCGCUUCCGCGAGUCCACGCUGUGGCUGCACCAGCAGGACGACGCGAGGCUGGACCGCCUCAAGCUCGGUGGCAUCCACCGCGCGCAGCCCUUCUCGCACCACUUUGAGAAGGGCGCGUACCACCUGUAUUUCGCCGCCGCGUGGUCGCACCUGGCGCGGGGGAGAAGGAUGGAGGCAUAUGAGAGGCUGCGGGACUGGAGGGCGACGCGCAGGGAUGUGGGGGCGGAGGGGGGUAAUGAUGACUCCGAUAGUGGGUGUGGGGGGGUGUGGUGGGUGCGGGGUGUUUGGUUGUGGUGCGGGUGCGGCUGCGGAUGGGUGUGGGGGUGA